UCCGGUAGCCGCAGGCGGCAGACCGGUGUUUUGGCCCCUACAGGUGACGACAUUGCAUCUUUAGCAUAUGAGUAUUAUUAUUAUUAUUAUACUAAUAUUUACAUGUUCAAAAUGUGUAAAUAUGUAUAGAGCUAUGAAAGUUGUGCAUCGUGCUUAGUUAGAUUAGAGACGGAGCGAAGAUUAAUGAUUAUAGAAUUCUAGGCAGCGCAUGCGCAGGAUUCUAUGCACCGUCACCGAUGUCGCCACCUGGUGGUCGAGAUACGGUAGAGAGACAAGACGAGACUGACGCGAGUCACAAACUCACAGUUAUAGUCUAGAUUUUAGAGUCAGUGCAUGUAAGAUCUGGGCAGAGGACGAAAGAGGAGCGCUCAGAUCGAGCAUCAGCGGGAGAGAGUGAGACGCCAUUUUGAACGAGUACAUCGCUAAAUACGCAAGCUGUAUGUACGCGUAGCGUAGUGGCGUGGUUGCAUAGAGUGCUGCGCUCGAAUUUUCCGUCGACCAGCCAACGGCAGCCUCAACGGAAAAUUGACAGAAGAGCCUGCGAGUACAGGCACGUCCUCGUUCGACCACGGCAGUGCCAAGUGUCAAUCGUCGAGUGCCUGCUCGGUCGACCAGCUGCCUGUGUCCACAUACACGUAGCAAACGAGAAAAAAUUAGUUUCUUUCGCACGUAUGAGGCGCACAACUGUUUUGUUGAUGCAUGCAAGCUGAUACAGAGAGACGCGACUCCAUGAAAAAGCGGUUUAAAUAAUUCAAUUAGUUGAUAGUCCAAAAGAUCUACCAGUGCAAGAUGUCGGAAGAUAUUGCUGUAAAUCCGGAGGAAGUGAAGGAAGAGUAUUACUCAUCUUUACGAGAUCUGACCAUCAACAGUAAACCAUUGAUUUGUAUGCUCACUACUUUAGCUGAAGAAAAUGCUGCACAUGCUUGUUACAUUGUUGAAGUAAUCGAAGACCAUUUGCAAAAGGUGAGCUCUGAAAGUAAACUACCAGUACUGUAUCUCAUCGACUCGAUUGUCAAGAAUGUUAACAAACCAUAUCUUGCCCUCUUCACGAAAAACAUAGUCAAUAUGUUCUGCUGCGUAUUUGAAAAGGUGGACGAGACCACAAGAUCGAGCAUGUGGAAGAUGAGACAGACUUGGGCUGAAGUAUUCCCGCUGAAAAAAUUGUACGCACUUGACUUGCGAGUUCAUAACAUUGAUCCUGCCUGGCCGGUAAUACCGCUUCCGAAAAAUAUUUCUGGAAAACCAACACUUGUGAAUUCCAAAAAUAUAACUGUGCCAACGGGUCAGACGGAACGAACACAACCGGCUCCAACGGUAGCAGUAACACCAGUGGUGGCGACAACGACAACAAGCACAAAACUUUCAUCUGCGAGCAAACCCAAGUCCAGUUCUGAAGCCGAAAUGCGUGAUCUUUUGUUGAAAAAGCAAAAAGAAUUGAUUGAGCUCCAGAAACAGAAAGUUGAGUUGGAACUUCUGCAGGCUAAAGCCAGUCUUGAGCAGCAGCGCCGACAGCUAGAUAGUCCACAACUUAAAUCUGAAUUGCCAAUUUUACCAGAGAAUGCCUUAGAACAACUUGUAGCAGCAAGCAUUCCUACCAUUCCAAAACAAAUGGAAAAAACGUUUCCUGGAGCAACUUCGGCACUGUUCAAAGCCGAUGGGAACAAGGGUGGAGUGAAAAUAGCUCCAGCAAGCAGUAUCGCGGUGCAAGCAGUUAAAUCGACCGUAUCGAGGGAUCCCCGACUGAAGCAGCCUCUUCCGGGCACGCCAGCUGAAGGCACCGCAUUAGUAAAUAAUGUCAGUGACGAUUUAGUAAAGCGACAGCAACUUAUGCAGCAAUUGAAGUUUCAUAUGCAGGCUAAAAGUAGUUCCUUGUUAAACGAUACGAUUAAGGGGGUGAGCGAGUCGAGUCACAACAAUAAAAGAGCAAUCGAUAGCCAAAAGAAAGAACCUCUUUCCACUACCAAUACCAUAAACGCCACAACCUCUCAACGUAGUAGUACUAGUAGUAAUAGCAGUAGUGCCACCACCACCUCCGUCAAAGACCAAUCCAAGAGUUCAUCCUCUUCUAAAAGCUCUUCCAGUCGUAGUAGUAGUAGUUCCUCCUCUUCAAAAAGCUCGUCCUCGUCCUCAUCCUCCAGCCGUAAAACAGGAAGCAAGUCUCGCUCAAAAUCGUCAUCCAAUGCGUCGCCUUCGAAAGUUAUCAAGCUCGACGACAGUCCAACAAACUCACCGGAGAAGCGAUCGUCCUCGAAAAGAUCCUCGAAGUCGCGCAAAGCCCGCAGCCCCAGUCCAACUCCUGCGACGGCGGCGACGAGCAACGGUAACAGUAUUAACAACUUCCGGAUACCCCGGCGUAUCGUUCCUCAGGAUCAGAGCAAGAACUCGAUCGCAUCGUUGACCAAGACCCUCGACGAGAAUAAGCCUGCCUCGCCGAGUUCUUUCUGGCAGAAUCGCUCCAACGUAACAGAGCAGCAGCAACAGAGCGUUAGCUUCAAAGAGAUCACAUCGAACGCAAGACUGAGAAACUAUGUGAGGAGGAACAAAGAGGGUAGUCCCGAAGUGGUCGAGGUCAGGAAAGGCUCACCGCCAUCAAUCAACGAUGCCAGUAAAGACGAAGACUUGAGGGCAAGAGGACCGAUAGUUCUCGCUUCAUCUCUAGAGCCCAAAGAAGAUUUAGAUCUGCGGGUACUCACGGUGCCAGGUGCUAAGCGACCCACGGAUCUGAUGGAAGGUAGUUCAAAGAAGAGCAAGGCUGACAAAUUUGAUGCCUUGUUUGGCAACGAAGAUGUGGAUCUGCGUACCUUAACGAAUCCGAAAGCUGGUCGAACAUCAACGCCGCCGAGUGGCACGCAAACGAGCGACAAAAGUAGCAAAGAUGGCUCAUGGGCGAAGUUAAAGACUCAUCAGAAGACGGAUCGGGAGCAACCGAGCAAACCGCUGUCCGAUCGAAACCGCGGUCGUGGCCAGCUAUACAAGGCGUCACCCAAGGAGGCCAAGGACCGCAGGUUGAGGAGUGGCCAGAGCUUCGAGUUCGACAAACAGUCGGAGCGUAAUGCUGAUCGCAAUAUAGAGAUCAUUAUGAAGCAAGCGGCUGAGCAGCUGAACGCUGGAUCCAUCACCAAAGCCCAGUACAACAACCUCAUCCAGGAAGUGCUGCACAUGAGCGAGGACCAGAAGCUCAGAGCAGCUCAGCGUAAGGAGCAGGAGAUGGGCAUGAUGGUUUGGGAGAAGGGCAUGGACGGCAACGAGGAGAAUAUCCGCAAGGACUACCCAUCGGCUGGAAUGCAUCCGCGGGGGUCGAGAUGGCAGGGACCCUGGCACCAGCCCUGGGUUCACCCGCCGCCUGGUUUCCCCAGCGGGCCACCGGGCUUCCCUGAUGGGUUCCGCCCAAUGGGACCUUGGCAGAACCAUCCACGGAUGUUCGGUGGCCCGAUGAGGUCGGACUUUCCACCACCGCCGCCGCCACUGCCCUUCUUCAACCCGAGGAUAGGCCCGCCGCCGACUAUGGGCCCGGUUAAUGGUCCCAUGAUGAUGUCCAAUGGGCCUGUAAAUUCUCUCCCAAUGAGCGCUAUGUCGACCGGCGGUUCAUCUCCGCAGCAAGCCAUCGGUGCGAGCAACGGACCCCUGCGGGUCGAUACUGCCUCCAAGAGGACAUCGCCGAAUCUACCGCCACAGCUUAACCAGGCUUUAACCAGUGCCACGGUCCCGGUCUCCACACCCGAAGCUUCACUGGCCGACGACGUCUCCAAUAGUGUGAAUAUUGCUCAAACUAGCGGUGAGCUGCCACCCGCUGAUCCAAAGCUCUUGGAGGAAAUUUCCAAGGAUACUAUGAAGUCAAUCAAUAUCGAUAGCGUGCCGAGAGAAAUUAGGUACUACGGAAACGUAGGUGUUGUUUUUAUGAGGUGGGAUGACCCCAGGGAUAUUGGCUUCCAAGAUGGUGUCCGAAGGAUAUUUAUCGACGGCAAGGAUUCGAUACUCUGCAAAUUCAAUGACGACUACAAGGAGUUCACUUAUGACGGAGAAAUUCACAGAAUCAAACUGGGCACCCCCACGCGCGAAUUGUAUAUAGAUGACAAAUGGUUUGAAUGCUAUUUUGGUACCCGACCCAUCACCGUUGAACUUGGCAACAAAAAAGUUAGUAUUAGCUUAGAUGGACCUCCGCCUCAAGUGAAAAUUGGCACCGUUAAGCGUACUGAUAUUGUUUUGGGAAAAAUUAAUCUCAUUAUCAACGCUCGAAAUAUGGUGCCUGUCUUUUUGGAUGCCAAACCGCAAAUGUUUGAAAUUGACAGUAAACCAUGCACGUUAGAGUUUACCGAUGCUCUGCAGACUGUGCUGUUAAACGGCCGGCCUUUCAAAGUCGAGUUUGGUGGAUUGCCCAAACCCAUCAUCGUUCAAAAUAAGAAACAUUUUAUAAGAUUUUCGGUAUUACCCCGUGGCUUCCGUGCCGGUUACGUUAAGAUCACGGGUAUGCGAGGUGAACAAGCAAAAGAACAUCCGACAGAUAAAUCUUGCAUGCCUGGAACAAGUUUAAGUACACCUGGAGCUUUAUCAACCUCAACCACCACCACGUCGACGCUCAGCAUCCCACCAGGUCUUGAUCUCGAUUCUACAUCGCAAGAUGGAAUGGAUGUUGCUACCAGUUCAAGGCCAGAUAUGCAACUAGACGUGUUGUCCUCGGUUGUGCCAUCGGCAAUGGCACCUUCUUCUGGGCUGUCUUAUCAAGCUGAGCCUGUUGAAAACGCACCUGCUCCAGUGCCAGCGUUAAACGUGCCUCUAAAUUUGAACGAAUUAUUCCAAAGGCUGGUUGAAACUGGUAUUGUACCGGCUUUAGCGAAUUUAGAAUCAAAGAAACAGCAAGAAGAAGAAACUAGAAAGGAGCCAGAAAUCAUUCCCGUGUCAUUCGAUAAACCAGAUACAUUGAAAACAAAACAACCUGCCAUAGUAGCAACACUCUACAGCGGAAUGCAAUGCAGCUCUUGUGGUGCGAGGUUCGCUCCGGAAAUGGCAACUCGUUACAGUCAUCAUUUAGACUGGCAUUUUAGACAAAAUCGAAAAGAACGAGAUUCAGCACGAAAAGCACACUCAAGGUCGUGGUAUUACGAUGUUAGUGACUGGAUUCAAUUUGAAGAAAUUGAAGACUUGGAAGAUAGAGCGCAAAGUUGGUUUGAAACGGAAAAACAAACUGCUGAAAUGGAAGGUGGAGCUGGCGACGAGUCUCCGUCAGAAACUCAACAACCAAGUGUACCGACGGGUACUGAUGACUCGGUUUGUGAAGUUUGUCAUGAAGCCUUUGAACAGUUUUAUAACGAAGAAAAAGAGGAAUGGCAUUUACGGCCGACAGUUUGCUUUGAGAAUAAAAAUUACCAUCCUCUUUGCCUUGAAGAUCAUAAGGAAAAACUGCUCGUGAGAGCUUUGGAAAAAUCUGCUCUGGAACUUGAGGAAACGAUGGCUGAAAUGGUUGGCCAGACCAAUGACGGCAAUGACGAAACUGCAGAUGAUGAAAACAUGGAAGAAAAUCAAGAUGCUGAUAUGGACAUAGAUGAGGAAAAAAUAGUGAUAAAAAUGGAGAAAAGUGAUAUUAAUGUUGAACAAGAAUCAAUGGAAAUCUUAGAAAAUAUUACGGUCAAAGAAGAAAAAGUAGACAUAGAAGAAGAAAAAAUUGAGCUGGCAUUACCUAUGGAUAUGGAUGAUUCAGAACCUAUUGAGAUCAUUGAACCACUUCCAAGAAAAAUAGAACUCGAAGAAAUUGAAGAUUCGUCAAGUGACGAAGCGGAAAGUAAGGAACUGAUUGUGAAAAAGCGUGAACCCGAAGAGAAAAUUCCAGAUGAUGUACCCUUAGUAUUCGAGAACGUUAAAGUGAAAGAAGAACCUGUCGAUGACGAUGAACGAGGUAAGAAAUUAAUAAACUUUUAUCUUACUUUAGAAAGUCUUGAAGUCAAAGAAACUAAAUUGAUUAAAUCUUUAGUACCCGAAGAAAGUAUAGCAGAAGCAAAAGGAGUCGACACAACUCAAGUGGAGGUGAAGAGCUCCAUCGACGGGAACGUCGAGCUUGAAUCUACAGCUCCGACGAUACCUACUGCACCGUCAAAGAUCAAAAUCAAUAUCAGUAAACCGUUGAACAAUCCCAAUAAAGAGCCUAAUGACACGAAGGUAAAAGAAAAGAAACCAGCUGAAAGCCUAGUAGAUAAUGCGCCUGCAAAGCCAUUGAUACCCGCCGCUAUCAAACCCGCGUUACAGGGCAAAAAACUUGCAAUACUGCCAACGGUCGAGAAAGGUCAUGAGCUUUCGGGCUUGUGUUCGGUGAUGUAAAUA